AGGAAUGCAUUGAAGAAGUGAUGUCACAUCCUGUUAUCUCAAAGACUUUGGGCCAAUUUCAUGAUAUUCUUUCACCUGUUUUCUUGGCGCCUUCUCAGGACAGAAGCUCGUGUCAUGUCCAUAGUUUAUUGCAAACUUUCACCAGACAGGAAUGGGCUGAGCUGACGUCCUGGACUCACAGUCGGCCCACGUGGGAUAAACUCUACCCACUGCUUAGCAUUCUGAUCAAACACAAAAGUCCCUUUUGUGAACUAAUUAAAGAAGUCACAGGGGAGGGCUCAGGAAACGCUGAAGCACCUUCAGAGAACAGUUCUUCCAGUAACUGCCCCACAAACUCAACCUCCAACUGCUCUUCUGCAAAUUCCACCAUGCGUUCUGACUGGAAAGUUGUAGAGGAUCUGUGUUUGGUCCUUAGACCUUUGGACGUUGCAUGUCGAACCCUUGCCAAAGAGGGUUUCCCUAGGCUGUCCCUCGUCAAACCAAUUCUAAUUGGACUACUCUCUCGCCAUCUGGUGUCUCGGCAGGGUGAUUCAUCCUCCUCCAUUCUAAGAGAGGUGAAGAGGAUGAUGAGGAAGAGCUUGGCCAGCUGUUAUGACAACCCUGUUGUUAAUAUGGUACUGUGUGUGGCCUGCUCCCUUGACCCACAGUUCCGUGGAUUAGGGUUUAUGAAUGAGAAGGAGCAGAAAACAACUCUUGAUUGGUUAAAAAAAGAGGCUGUCAGGCUCGUGAAGGAGGACAGACGGAUUAUACAAAUUAAAAGAAGUCCUUCCACCGAGUCCCCAGAGUCAGAGGGUGACAUCCUGCGAAGAAGCAAACGCCUCAAAAACAACCAUCGAGUGAUCUUCAAAGACAUUUUAGAUAAACAUAAAUAUGAGAAAGAAGAUGAAGACGAACAUGUAAAUGAAGAUGAAGAGAGCGAUGCAUUCGAAACAGAUGACAAUGAUUCAGUAGACUGCAGCUCACAGGCUGGACAAUCUGGUAUGGAGUUCCUACUUGGUGACUUGUUCUGCUCAGCUCCUCAGAGCAAACAGAGCUCUGUAGAAGAAUCCGUAGACAUGGAGAUGUCUAUUUUUCGGGCAGACAAAGGGGCAUCACUGGGGGUGGAGCCUCUGCAGUGGUGGAGAACAACAGGUGGGCAGUUUCCACUCUUGUCCACAGUGGCGAGGGCAUACUUGGCUGUUCCAGCUGUGGCGGGCAGUGCCGCAAAAGACUUUGCACAAGAGGGACCAUGUACAUUGUACAGGAAGAGGGCGAACAUUCCUCCUGAGACUUUGGACGCAGUCCUUUUCCUGCACCACAACCACAUGCCAGAUACUGAGCCUGGGCUCACAACAUUUAGGAGUGAAGACAAGAACAACCCAUAAAAAGUCAUAGUCAAAGACUCAAAAAUGGAAUGUCAGAAUUUUGACAUUUGUUAAUCUUCCCUGAUUUUAUAUGUUCUCAUAAACCAAAGACUCAUCUAAAAGUUAACAAGCUAAAAUAAAGUAUCUAGGUUGCUGUAUAACUGUGAAAAGUUCUUGUCUAUUAAGUUCAACAUGUGCACUGGUGUAUGUGACGUCUUUAACCAGAAUCAUGACUGGUUUUCAUUGGACCUAAUGGUGUAUCACAUCCAGUGCCUUACCUUGUUUGACUACUGUCAAAUCCUAGAUUGAAGAUUGCAAAGCUUUUGGCCCUUAACCCCUGUAUGACCCUAUGGCGUGUGUAUUUUGUUUAGUGGUAGAGUUGUUUUUAAUAGAAACAAAUUAAAGUUGUCAUCUUCAUUAUUCAGGGUAAUAUACUGUUAUGAAAUAAUAGAAUUUAAAUGAUGUUUUUAUUUUUGUAUUUUCACCUUAUGGUAAAGGCUAAUUCCUCCCUAAAGUUCCAUGUAGGGGCAAAUCCAAAACAACAGGUUAGGGUUUUCAGUGGUGUAUCUAGGGAAAAAAAGAUCCACUGAGAUGAUCGCAACAACAUCGUCAAAUCAGAAGACACUUGAUAUACUGAAUGAAUCUUCAAUCAAGUGGUGAUUGGUAGGACUUGUUUAAUGUAUCCUAAUAUGCAGUAGUAAGGAAUAUACUGGAGGUAUAAAGUUUGGGGUUUUUUUUAGUUUUUGAGUCAAAAGACAAUGUUGAGUGUAAAGGAUUAGGAUUUUUUUUUUUAUUGAAUUUUAAAGAAGCAUAAAGAAUACAAACCAGUACAGGGUUAAUAACACAGGUCAUGUUGUAGAAAAAUGAUAUAUAUAUAUAAAAAAAAUCCAAACUAUUCACACAUAAGACGUCCACAUAUAAUAAGGCCUAUCUACAAUCUAGUACAAGUAGUCACAACACAAGUCAGGGGGAUUACCGAACCAGACCAUUCACUCAGGACGUCCACCACUUUUUCCCAGAAUGAAGCUAUCAAUGUACUGUCCCAUAUGUAGUGCAAGAAACAAUUCUGUUUUACAUUUCCAACACUUAUUGUCAUUGAGCAACUUCAUUCUAUGCAAUCUUGAAGGGGUAUGGUAAUAUCUGUGUUAAAUCUUAUAGACUUUGGUCUCUCUCGGACUAGUUAUAAUGUUAAUAUCCUCCUUGUGAUCACCAUGAAUUAUUCUGAGCCAUUCAGUUUGUAUUCUUUACCUAUUUUACCAAUGUAGUUAAAAAUAAUAAUCCCGAAAUCUCAGAUACGUGUAUCCACAUACCCUAGUUUGACCACCACUACAUUAGCAUCACAAUUUAAACCCGGGCAGAAAAGUGGUUGGGGAACAAAGAGAAUGUAUAAAGUAUAAAAACACUACACAAACACUACACAGUAACAUGAUGUUGUAGAAAUACACAAACUAAACUUCUUCGCCACAUGGGGUCGCCCGUUCACCGCCCAUCACUGCCUUCCGCUUAAAGCUAAAGGCAAAGCCAAUUUUGUUAACGUGCCCAUUUCGGUAAAGUUUCAACACAUGUAUUAUUUGUCAUAAAUACACAAAUGAUUUAUAUUUUCGCCCUGUACGUAGUUAUUACAUUGUUUAUAUAAACUAAAGGAGAAGCAAGAAAAUGCAAGCUAACUCUAAUAAAACCCCAGACAAUAUUAUUGGAAGAUUUUAGGAAAGCUAAGAUUAAAGUAAUACAUGUUUGAAUCCACAUUAAUAUUUAUUAUUUCACUCUAAAGUUAAAAAGUAUAGUAGGCAGUUGUCAAGCUCACAAGUUUAAAAUGACUAAAGGAUAGUGAGGACAAAAAGUGGCUACAUGUCAUCAACACCAACAAAAAUCAUUAAAAAAAAGAAGCAUAAUAUAGAAUUAACCCAUCCAAAAAUAUCUGCUCCAUUCGAUAAACAUGUAAAAUCCAUUUGAAAUUGUAAAUUAAAAACAGCACUAAAUGUUAGUGUUUAAACAGGUAUAAGUAUGGCUCAAACACUGAAUGUCGACUUAAAAUGAUAAACUGUAAUAUUAAAAUCCUAGCAUUAAAAAACUGCAAGAAAUAUUUUUUUGUGGGUGUUAAUUAACUCGGCUUCAGUCAUUAUUCUGGAGAUGCAGUGUAAAUUUAAGUGCAAUGACAGUAAAUAAAUAAAUGAAUGUCCGUGUGGUUCGUUUCAAAUAAAAAAAUGUUUUUAAUAAAACUCAACUUUUGUCCUCGGCUUGUCCUCA